CUCGGCCAGGGGCGGGCGGCGGCGGCAAGCUGGAGCCGCCCGGCGCCCGGAGGAGAGGCGCAGUACUGCUCCGAGCUGGUGCGGAAGCGGGACUAUGAAGGGUUCCUGUGUUCUCUGCUCAUGCCUGCUGAAUCUCGAACCUCUGCUUUUGCCUUGAGAGCCUUCAAUGUGGAACUGGCUCAGGUUAAAGACUCCAUAACUCAGAAGACCACAGGUUUGAUGCGAAUGCAGUUCUGGAGGGAGGCUGUGGAAGAUAUUUACUGUGAUAACCCACCACAUCAGCCUGUUGCUACAGAACUGUGGAAGGCUGUCAAGAGGCAUAAACUGACUAAAAUGUGGUUCAUGAAGAUCAUUGAUGAAAGAGAGAAGAAUUUGGAUGAUAGAGCAUACCGGAACAUCCAGGAGCUUGAAGCUUAUGCUGAGAACACUCAGAGUGCUCUCUUGUACCUCACCUUGGAAAUGCUGGGUGUGAGGGACAUCCAUGCCGACCAUGCAGCCAGUCACAUUGGGAAAGCUCAAGGCAUAGUUACCUGUCUAAGAGCAACUCCGUAUCACAGCACAAGACAAAAGGUCUUUCUUCCCAUGGACAUUUGUAUGUUGCAUGGAGCUUCACAAGAGGAUUUCAUAAGAGGCAAGCAAGAGCAAAAUGUGAGAGAUGUCAUUUAUGACAUCGCCAGCCAGGCCCAUAUUCAUCUAGAACAUGCUAGAUCUUUCAGUAAGAAGGUUCCUGUGAAGGCCUAUCCUGCUUUCUUCUGUACAGUUGCUUUAGAGGAUUAUUUAUCUAAUAUACAAAAAGUGGACUUCAAUAUAUUUCAUCCAAGCUUACAAAAGAAGAACACAUUAUUGCCAUUGCAUUUGUAUAUUAGAUCUUGGAAAAAAAGGUAUUAAAGUUUGUGUGUUUUAAAUAUGA